UAAAAUGGUGUCUUAUACCUAGAAUCCUCGAACUCAGGAGGCUGAGGCAAGAGGAUUUCGGAGAGUGGCUGUUGUCAAGAUGGAGUGUCUAACCCAGUAAUCCAAGGACCAAAUGCUGAGUCCACACAGCAUGAGCUCCUGUCCAGUCUGUGGCAAAAGUGUCAAAGUAUCAUUCAAGUUCUGCCCUUACUGUGGCAAGGCCCUGUCUGUAGAGAAGCAUGGAGCCGCCCAGACUGGCAUUAUGCCUCUUGUGUCAUCCUUUCGAGGCUCGAGGAGAGAGCUGAACUCCAGUUCUGAAACCUCUCCCAAGAAAGUGAAAUGGUCACACACUGUCACUUCUCUCUCACCCUCCCUCCACUCUGACUGUGGUAGUUCUGAGUCUGAAGAUACCUUGAGUUCUCCUGAAAGAGCCACAGGCACCUGGAGCAGACCCCCGACCCCCAAAGGCAGCCCACAGUCUACCAGGCUAAGCCCUCAGACACUGAAGCGGAGCCGGGUGACCAUCUCCCUCCAGGCUUUGCCCACAGGGACAAUGCUGACAGACAAGAAUGGGCAGCACUGGAUACUAGGGGCCCUCCAGUCCCGGGAUGAUCAAGGCAUUCUCUAUGAAGCUGAGCCCACUUCUGUCUUACCCUGUGAAUCAAGGACCCAGAAGCAUAGAUUCUCACUCAAACUGGACUCCAAGGAUGGGCGCCUUUUCAAUGAGCAGAACUUCUUUCAGAGAGCAGCCAAGCCUGUGCAAGUGAACAAAUGGAAGAAGCAGUUCCUGGUCCCACUUCUGGCCAUCCCCACAUGUGUUGGCUUUGGCAUUCACCAGGACAAGUACAGGUUUCUGGUGUUCCCCAACCUGGGGAGGAGCCUUCAGUCUUCUCUGGAUGACAACCCAAAGCACGUGGUGUCAGAGAGGUGUGUGCUGCAGGUGGCCUGCAGGCUGCUGGAUGCUUUGGAGUUUCUCCAUGAAAAUGAGUAUGUUCAUGGGAAUCUGACAGCUGAGAAUGUCUUUGUGAAUCCAGAGGAUCUGAGCCAGAUGACCUUGGCGGGCUAUGGCUUUGCCUUCCGCUACUGCCCGGGUGGCAAACACGUGGCCUACAAAGAAGGCAGCAGGAGUCCACACGAGGGGGACCUGGAGUUCAUUAGUGUGGACGUGCACAAGGGAUGCGGGCCCUCCCGCCGCAGUGAUCUCCAGACCUUGGGCUACUGUAUGCUCAAGUGGCUUUAUGGGUCUCUGCCAUGGACAAACUGCCUUCCCAACACCGAGGAUAUCACAAGGCAGAAACAUAAGUAUCUGGACUGCCCUGAGCCCCUCGUGGGACUGUGUGGCCGCUGGUGCAAGGCCUCAGAGACCCUGAGGGAGUACCUGAAGGUGGUGAUGGCUCUCAAUUACGAGGAGAAGCCGCCCUAUGCCAUGCUGAGGAACAUUCUAGAAACCCUGCUUCAGGAUCUGCGGGUGUCUCCCUAUGACCCCCUGGACCUCCAGAUGGUGCCUUAGGUGGAAUCCAGAGCUUCCAACUUGCAGCUUGAAGUAGAACAUGAAGUACUGUGACUCGAGGCCUCUUGUUUGAACUCAUAUGCUCCUAAAAGAUUCCCUUGAAUGUGCAUUCUCGCUGCUCCCUUAGGACACGAAUCCACGCUCAGUGUUGGGGAACUGAGUCAUCUCCCAUGAUGUGAAACUCCUCCCCACCCCUCCUCAGUCCUUGCCGGGGGGGGGGGGUGGAGGUGACUGGAUGCUGGCAGCAGCAGCAGCAGCCACUCCCUAAGGCCACCCUGCCAUGGCACACCUGUGAUUCCAUAAUAAACUGUUUUUAGUCAGUG